AUGUUAUCAGACAGUAUUUUUAAACAACCUUUACAUACAACUACUCUUGUUUUCGGCUUAAUAGCGGGCGUUGUGCUCACUAUUUCUACUAAUUCUUUAUUAAAAUGGAUUAAAAAAAAACAAACGACGAGCAGAUCUGAUGUCCAUGAUAAUUAUACUGGAACUGAAAAUAUUGUAGAUGGCGUUUUGGGUUUAAUUGGCAAUACGCCACUUAUGAGGAUCAAGAGUUUAAGUGAAGCAACAGGUUGUGAGAUAUUGGCAAAAGUUGAGUUUUUAAAUCCUGGGGGUAGCCUGAAAGAUCGGGCUGCUCUUAAUAUAAUAAACAAAGCUGAAGAACAAGGUUUGAUAAGUCCAAAUUCUGGAUGCACCAUUUUUGAGGGAACUUCAGGUUCAACAGGGAUAUCCAUCGCAAUUAUUUCUCGUGCCAAAGGUUACAAUGCAUGGAUCAUAAUGCCGGAUGAUCAAGCAGAAGAAAAGUAUCAAUUACUAGAAAAGUUAGGAGCAAAAGUUGAAAAAGUGAUGCCAGCAAGUAUUGUAGAUAAACAGCAAUUUGUCAAUUUAGCUAAAAGUCGUGCAAAGCAAUUUGGAAAACAAAGAGCCGUUCAACAAGAUACUGUGGAUAAAGAGUUUGAAAUUAUUGACAUACAAAACUCUGUAGAUACUUCUGGAAAGACUGGGUUCUUUGCUGAUCAAUUCGAAAAUUUGUCAAAUAGUGAAGCACAUUAUUGUGGAACAGGCCCUGAAAUAUUUAAGCAAACAAACGGCAAAAUUGAUGCAUUUGUUGCAGGGGCUGGCACUGGAGGCACUAUUUCUGGAAUAUCACGCUAUCUUAAACCACUCAUACCUUCUUUGAAGGGUACACGACGUAGACAUCAAGUUGAUACUAUUAUUGAAGGAGUUGGUUUAAAUCGUAUGACUGAAAACUUUAAUUCUGCAUGUGGGUUAAUCGACGAUGCGAUACGUGUUAGUGAUGAAGAGGCUGUCGCAAUGGCAAGAUUUUUAGUUCGGGAAGAAGGUCUUUUUGUUGGAAGCUCGUCGGCGAUUAAUUGCGUUGGUUGUGUGCGUGUUGCUAGACAGUUAGGCCCAGGAAAUCGUAUAGUUACGAUUUUGUGCGAUUCAGGUCAACGUUCGACUUACACUGGUAAUUCAUUCCAAAUGCCAGUAUAA